AUGUGUCUCGCGCUGGGUGGCAAUUCGGCUCCGGCACAUCAACAACAACAACCCAACUCCAAUCCUGGUCCAGGUGGAACGGAUGGGACUAUGAUUAAUCUGAACGCUGCCUACAGUCCCGACGAUUCACGCAACCCGUUGCACUUUGCUGCCAUUCUCGGGGAUUUGGCCUCGCUGCAGUUGUUAAUUUGGCACGGAGCAGAUGUCAAUGCAACAGACAGUUAUGGCCUAACCGCUUGGUCAUAUGCCCAUGUCUGUCACCAGACACCAUGUACACGUCUUUUACAAAUGAACGGUUGUCACACAGUUUCCCCACUCGGUGUGCCGGCUGAUUGGCUUCAGCUCAUGCGCAUGCCGUUCCCGCUGACCUCCCAGUCCAAUUCGAUCACUGGAAAUCUGACCGGGGAGAUCUCCGCCGGGCCCGAUCGACUCGGUUUUCAUUCGUCCGACUCCGGUUCGCCUUCUUGUUCUUCAUCCUCGUCAUCCGCGGUCGCCAGUGAAUCUGAUGCGGAUGAUGCCGCCCAGCCUGAUGAGAACGCGAUUAUUCGGCACCCGCCACAGAAGAAUUACAUAAUACGCAACCACAGCAAACCGAAAGCAGCCAAUCUGCGCUUCAGCCAUCGUCAUCCACCACUGCAAAGUCUGUCAGUAUCGCAACCGUACAGCUGGAAGUCGGACACAGUCAUCAAUCAGAUACUACUCAAACGUACAGCUCCCCAAGAAGAAAUUCAACUCAAACCUCACGCAAACAAACUUCAGAACGUCGGAAGUAAUGCAUUUGUACAAAUUACUGGUGCAAUUCAGGAACGCACAAAUCAGUUGUUAAACGAGGCAAUCAGAUGUCGUGCCCUUAGCAAUCAUACGUCAAAGCAACUGAGUGAACGCUUGAAAAUGGCCCAAUCUGAGGCAUCUCGAUUCACUAAACGUGUUUCCUCUUUGAGCAGUAAAGUGGAAGAACGAUCCCAGGUGAAUAAACGGUUCCGGGCCAAAGUGAAGGCAUUACUUGCGGUCAUGGAGAAAAUUCAAGCAAGUUUGGACUCUCUGAGCCAGGAAACCACGGAUUAA